ACUAGCCAAGGGAGGAUCAAUACGAUUAGAUUUUCCUGUUUCCAAAUACGUACAAGUCUCCAAAAUAGUUAUCAAUAAUAUUUCGGAAAAGUCAGUUGAAAGAGGUAAAGCUUAGAGAUGUCCUAUCCCGGUCAGCCAGUCUACCAUGGCCAGGACGCAGCCUACCCUCCGCCGGCGUACCCACCACCCUCAGGGCCACCACCGCCACCUCCACCACCUCCACCAGCCUACCAAGCGACGCCGCCUGCCUACCCCGCCUACAACACCGUCGUCAACAUUCAACCGCGGGCGAUAGAAACUUCUGAGAUGCUUGAAGAUGGUGUCGUACCCAAUUUUGAGAUGCUAUCACGGGGUGAUUCAGUGGACAUGCAAUGUCCUCACUGCAAAAAGAGGAUCGAGACGCUGAUGUAUUACAAGAUUGGUUGUAAUGCAGUCUUGACCUUCUUCCUUUGUCUACUAUUUGGGUUUUUCUUCUUCGGAUGCGUUUUAGCAUGUACCGGAACAGGAACGAAAGAUGUUAUCCAUGCGUGUCCCAAGUGUCUUAAAGAAAUUGGUCGAGACAAGAGGUUAUGCGGACGAAAGAGCAAUUAGUGACUGGAUUUUGUUGAUGCUUCUCUAGCAGUCAAUUUUUGAUCAAGUAUUAAAUCUAGAUAUUGCUAAACGUCGUGUGCUUUAGAAAAUAAUCCAUUACCCAGCAAAAAUGUGUGAUAUCAUUCCAAACACACCCAGGCCUGCCUAGGGUUCUGCGUCUUUCGCCUUUCUACAUCUUAGCUUGAUUUCUCUGUUAUUACAUGGAAUAAAAAUAGCUGUGAUAUUGACUCCUCGUAGACGUUCUGGUCAGAUAUACAAGUAGGUUUUCCCUAUAGAUCUCCACUGAGGAUGGGUCAGUGACCUAGAUCUCUGAUGAUAUACAUGUAGGUCGCCAUGACAUAGUUAUGUUCGGGGUUAUUGAAAGCACGUUCAUGUUCUUUUAGCGGACAUUGUUGGAGUGAAUUUUUCGAAGUCCCAAAGCAUGAACAAUUAUAAACAAUGCCUUUGAUCAAAGCAAUGGACUGUACGACUAGGUCUGACAAUGCGACAUACAUUGGCCCAUUUCAAAUUACAGUGUAUGCCAGUCGCUUAUUGCCUGCAGUUACA